UCCGAUGAAUGUUAUGUCCCAUUUUCAGAUGCCCUCUCUGAUAAGUUAGUCAAUUGCAUCUUGUUUAUGUUAUAAACGCUUCCCUACUAAUAAUAACAGCAAUACAAAUCAUGCAAAGCCCUUUGUUCACACGAGUGUUUAUGUGAGCCCCCCUCCGUCAGGGACUUCACUUCCGGUUCGUUUUCCGUCACGAACACACAGAAGCCAGCGCACAGAGCCCGAUGUGUCUCAACGCUCCGACACCAGACGCGGACACGGCGAUGCGCUAGCUGCCUCCCGCUCGUGCUGGACCAUAUCACUCCACUCGUCACUGACCUGCCCAGACGCCGUGGAACUCCCCGUCUCCCGCGUGGAUCAAUAUGAGCAGCCUGCGAGAGGGAGCGAGCUCACAAAGUGCGCACCGGGUCUCGUCUUGGUAGCUAACGUUAGCCCCCGCGGAGCUGCUGCUGCUGUCGGUCGGUCUGUGGCCCGCUCUGUCCGCACCAUCCACGGGACUGCUCCUUGUCCCUCAGUAAGACACACGGAAUCAUGAAUCUGUUUCGUCUGGUGUGCCGCCACAAGACAGCCCUGGUCAUCGGCACGGUUUGCAGCUUCGCCGUAGUCCUUGUCUUCUUGGCCAAGUGUACGUCGGAGACCUUGAAGCAGGGCCACCCGGACCCUCCAGGGUUGGCCCCCCGCGCCAUCGCUCUGCAAUCCCGUCCAGAGCAGCAUAACCCCCCCUCCACCGUCAAAGACUUAUCGGCGUUUCUCGUUAUCCUCAUCACGACCGGACCAAAGUACACAGAGCGGAGGAGCAUCAUCCGAAGCACCUGGCUCGCCAAGCGGGACUCUGAUGUUCUGGCCAUGUUUGUGGUCGGAACUCAGGGGCUUUCCAACGACGACCUUCAGAACCUCAACACAGAGCAGGGGCGCCACAAAGACCUGCUCCUACUGCCGGACCUGCAUGAUUCUUAUGAGAACUUGACACUCAAGCUGCUCCACAUGUACUCCUGGCUGGACCAGAAUGUGGAGUUCAAGUUUGUCCUCAAAGCAGACGAUGACACGUUUGCUCGCUUGGACCUCCUGAAAGAGGAGCUGAAGGGGAAAGAGCCCAGCCGGUUGUACUGGGGCUUCUUCUCGGGGAGAGGCCGAGUGAAAACGGCCGGCAAGUGGCGGGAAAGCUCUUGGGAGCUUUGUGACUACUACCUGCCCUACGCUCUGGGUGGGGGCUACAUCCUCUCUGCUGACCUGGUGCGUUAUGUGCAUGUCAAUGCGGGUUACUUCAAAACGUGGCAGAGUGAGGAUGUGUCACUGGGUGCCUGGCUGGCACCGGUAGAUGUUCGGCGGACGCACGACCCACGCUUUGACACGGAGUAUAAGUCGCGCGGUUGCAACAACAAAUAUCUGAUCACACAUAAGCAGAGCUUGGAGGACAUGCUGGAGAAACACCAGACUCUGCAGCGCGACGGCAGGCUCUGCAAGGAGGAAGUCAAGCUGCGGCUGUCCUACGUGUACGACUGGAGCGUGCCCCCUUCACAGUGCUGCCAAAGGAAGGAUGGCAUUCCGUAAUUUUUUUCCUUCUCACGUGGUUGAAGUUGGCUUUGGACUCGCAUCAUCUGAGUCAGGGAAAUUAAGGGAUAAUGUUUGUCAGCAAUACUCUAUUGUUACAUAAUUUGAAUUUGUGUAACAGAAACAUAGUAAAAGCAUUGAUGCUGUAAAAUUAAAUUUCACAUAUUGCUUACUCCAUCCAGGCCAGAGCAUCCAGUAUCCACAAAUUUGAAAAUAGCAUUCAAUAGUCUCUAUGUUAAUGUAGACCAGGUGUGAAUUAUGUUUUUCUGAUAAAUUGCCCUUUUUGUCAAAACAGAUUAGAGGAUUCAUAAUUCUUAAAGAGGUGGAUGUAUGGAUCAAAUCAACAUUUAUUUCAAAUCAACCUCCACACGAAUGGGAUUUUAAACAGUGCAACAGCUUUUACUUUGAAGUCAAGCACCAAAAAAAAAGUCGUUCCGUCACAAAAUGGUUAAUAGUUGGCUGAGAAAUAUUAUCCCUUAACCUUUAAAUCGGAAGCUAACUCCCAACUUACGUCUUUGUUGACCUGUAAAUUCCUUUUGGCCUUGUUAUUUGCACCCACGAUAAUGUCAGUGAUCUCCUUGGCACCAGUUGUCCAUGUCGGUGGCCUCCUUCUCUCACAUGUCUGUACUUCUUCUGCUGGACCUCUUGCUAAAUGUUUUUCGAAAACUAUAUGAGAAGUUUUUAUGUUAUGUGUAGUAGAUAGAGGAAGGUACCACAGUGCCAUGAUGUCUACAUUUUAAUUUGUAUUUAUUUAUUAUUAAUUUAUUCUUCAGCAAACACAACACACUGGUACUGAGGCACAGUGGAUGGGGUUGCUGCUUCUGAGUAGAAUUUGUAUUUAUAAACAUGUCUGGGGGGAAUUACGUGUAUUUCAAAUAAUUACUGGAGAAAGACAUGUUCACUUUUUAAUGUUUACAGUCAACGGUACACAAAGUUUAGGGAGUUGCACAGAGUGUGUAAGAGAAAAUGGUUGAAUGUGUUUUAUUCAGCAGGCCUUCUUAUUCAUUAUACUGGAGCCUACGUGAGGAGUCUGAUGAUAUUUACAUCAUUGUUGUGUCUCUGAUUUACAUUUUCAACGCCACAGUGACAUUUCACAGUUUGGUUGGUAUGUUUACUUCACAGAGAUUACAGAGAAGUUAUUUGUGAAUUGGUUUUAUUUUAAUUGUUUUGCAGCACACAACAGAUUGAGGCCAUAUCCACGCUUGUGCGUUUUUGUUUUAAAGCACAGUUUUUAGGGGUUGGCAACACUUAAUCAUAAUUUCCAAAAUUCACCAUUUCUUCCCGUCCAGACUAAAACUCAACCCCAGGGUUUUUAGGCUUUAGGGUUUUGAAACCUCCAGAGUAAUGUAAACGCCACACCAAUAUGUUUAAUUUGAAAGUGCAUCACCUUUGCUAUGUUCACUGACAUCCACACUACUCUGGAGUUCCUUCUAAAAUUGAGAUUUUUGCAAAUGAUGACGUGUAUACACACACACACACAUUCGCUUACUGUUGGUUCUCAUCAUUCAUGACUUGAAUGCAAGCUGCAAAGUGAACAUUAAGUGUUGCUAACGCUUAGCUUUCUGUAACAGUUCAACCUCGUCAUCAGGCCAAGAAAAGAAAUUCCAGCUCUUACUUCUCAGCUAUUGCUGUUUCUUGUCGUGAUAUCUACUGCAACUCAGAAACCCACUGCAAAGUCUAUCAAACUACAAACUGCUCCCUGUUUACACCUCUGCAUGCAUCACCAGUGUACGCGAGUCGUCAAGUGAAAUGUGUUUUUGGGUGUGCUUAUUUCUGAUGCGGACAGAGAUUGUGUUUGUUAUGUAACGCUUUUUAAAAUGGAAAUGUACAAGUGUGGAUAUAGCCUCAGGCACUACUCCAGCAGCUGGCACUUGGUCACUUUUUAAACAGUCCAUAAAUCAUAAUUGAAUGAUUUUCUGAUGUUAGACUCUCCAACCAUAACUCACUCUGUGAUGCCAAUGGCUGAGUGUACAGCAGUUUUGAGUUAAAGGACAAACGGUUGAGGAAUCCUGCAAAAAGAGCCACAAGUUAAUUCCUGUGACUGUUGUUUUUCUCUCCAUGGUCACAAGCAGAUUCUGAUUCAAUUUAACUUAUGUUUCAGUGUUUGUCUGUAUGUACAUGGUCAGCCUCCCCGGAUGUUUUAUUAAACAUUUUAUAUGUA